AUCCUGCUUACAUGUAGUCGCUCGGAGGCAGGCAGACACACAGGGACUGUGGGUUGCUAUGGCUAUAUUCUUAUUAUCGUAUAAUGGUCUGCAGUUUACACUAAUUAUUCUUCUGCUGCAUGUAGGUAAUUGCUUUCAGGCGGACCCAAAUCUCUGUGAUUCAAGUUGUGCUGGCUUUUCUACCCCUGAUUUGUCGUAUCAGAGAGGGGUGAGGUACACUUACAGGUACAGCACAACAGUCACCACAACCCUUCAUGGUUCUAAUGCUGGUAGGAAUGGACUGGCUUUGGACUGUGUGGUUGAUAUUGAUGUGGUUUCCAAGUGUCACCUAAUGAUGCAGAUUAGGAAUCCACAGAUAAAGCGUCUUUCUCCUCAGAAGGAGCACUCUGUUCAGCGCCUAAAAAGUUUAAGGGAGUCACUGGAGAGAACGCGCCUCAAGUUCUCCCUCCAGGGGGGAAAGGUCACGGCCCUGUGUCCUCAGGAGGGGGAGCAGGUGUGGGCCCUUAACAUUAAAAGGGCCCUACUGAGCAUGCUCCAGACCUCCGACAUGGUCUCCAAACUGGAAUUAAAGAAUGAGACAGAUGUGUACGGGACAUGCAGCAGCAGGUAUGAGCGGCGAGGGCCUGUGCUGCUGAAGAUCAGGGAUAUAAAACAGUGCCAACAGAGCAGACUGGCAAACUUCUGGCCUCAUUCAGUGUCUAUGUCUGAUGAUACAUCAUUGCAGUCAGAGCUGCACUGUAUUCAACGCCAUCGAUCGACUGUGAUGGAAGAAGUCAACUGCACUGAAGUCGUUUCCAUAGCAAUCAUCCAGAACAGCCGGACGAGUAAAAACCCAAACCGUGUCUACUCUGAUCCUGCUCAGAGCUCAGCCGUGGACACCACCAGGACCAGAUAUCACAAGAGUUCCUUCAACUGGUGUUCCUGCUCCGAGAUCUGA